CACAAUUCAAUCUUCUCAGUUUGGAUUUUGGAAUUUUUGGAUUUUAGAAGAACCCCCCCAAAAUAGCAUAAAGUUGGUGGGACCAAACCAAAUUCCACACUAGUAUUUCUCUCUCUUGUAUUUUCCUUGGAUUCUAUAGCAAACGUGCAAGGCGCUGAGAAGAGAACCCCACCAAACCAAAACCAGAAGAAAACUGGAAACAGUUGCUUGCUUGCACGAUCUCUGAAGCAAAAUCCCUCCCACCCAAAAAGGAAAAGAGCAAAAAGCAGUGGCCUUUACUCUCCUCUCUCUCUCUCUCUCUCUCUCUCUCUCUCUCUCCUCUUUUUUCUUCCUCCUUGAGCAGGCCUCAUUCAUUCGUAACCUUUUCAUUCGCUUUCUGGUUGAAUAGCAGACUAUCAAAAAGGAUUAUCUGUUCUAAGAUUUGUCUGAAAUAUCUCACUCCUUCUGAUGGAUGAUUUGAGUAUCAAUUUACCAGUGACCUGUGAAACAACUAAACCAGAGGAGCGUAAUCCAAGAAGGAAUUCUACAGGGAAAAUAUUCUCAUCAAACACUGGAGAAAAGAUUCCUCAUUAUCUCAGAGCUUCCACUGGUUCCUGUCAUGACAACUGUAAAUAUGGGAGGAAACAUGAAGAGGAAGUGAAGGCGAAAUGUCCUAUAAAGUUUGCACCAAGAAGGCUUCAAACAAAAUCACCUUGCAACCAAAGUCCAGAAGAGAGUAUGGUUAUUCCUGAGAGGAAGAAUGUGUCUGUGGUCAAGAUCAAACCCUCGCCUGAUUUGAAUACUCUUUUGCCUGAUACCUGUAACAUUACCAAGCAGCGAGUGUCAAAAAAAUCCAUUGACAGCCAAAGUUCUGUUGGGAGUGAGACUCUAGCCGAGAGUAAGAAGACAUCAUCAGCCAAGCCCAAAUUGCCAUCCUUUUCGAAACCCCAUGUCAACGCUGCAUCUAAAACCAUGAAGCAGGAAGUUCCAUCCUCUCUUGAUUCCUGUUCAAAACCCCAUGUCUCUGCUGUGCCUAAAGCCAUGAAGCAGGAAGUUUCACCAUCUCCUGAUAAACUGGAAGUCUCUUCAAAGAAGGGUUCAAUAGGACCUAAGGAAAAGAACUUGUUUGUAAAGCAUGUCACUUCUUCGAAGCCCAAAUCUUUGGCAGUGAAGGAGUUUCCAUCUCCUGAUAUUUCAGGAGGUUUAACUGCUCUGAGAAACCGUGAUUCAUUGAUAGUCCGAAGGACUGGGACCUCUUUCAAGAUAAAAUCUUCAGCUUUGAAGCAAGUGUCUUCUCCUGAAUCUGCAGGAGGUUUUAAAGGCAAAUCUAACAGUGAUGGUAAGAUAGGCAAGAGGGCUGGAGCUUCUGUAGUGACUUUGAAGAAAGUAUUGCCGUCCCCAAGAACAUCACUGUCCCCCAAACCUUCUCUCAGGGGAGUUGCAAGCUUAAAAGCACGGAAGAACAGGCCCGUGAACGUUGUGUCUCCUCUUAAGAACCAGAACAGGAAAGCUCAACCUAAGCAAGUCAAUGACAAAGAGGUACAGGAGAAGACCUUGUAUGUCAUCAAGGUUGAAACUGAGAACAACAAACCUCUGGAAUCUGAUCAGAACAAAAUUUGUGAAGUUGAACCAUCGCCACCUUCAGUGUUGUCGACAUCACCCAAGUCAGUAUCUGUCCAAAACUCUGAGCCCUUUUCAUCCCUUGAAGGCGAAGAUGAAGGGUCAGGAUAUACAAUGAGCGAAACAGAAGCUAGCUCUUUCUCAGAAGACAAUGAAGUUGACCAUAUUGACAAUUCAGAGAUCCUAGGCAAGGAUGGCAAAGGGAAACCCAGAAAGUCAGGGAUGGUUUGCUCUGAAGACAAGGAUGGCGAAACUUUAAAAUUCAGGAGGGGAAAGAUUGUCGACAUACAAUUUGAGAGUACUAAUCCAAGGAGGCUCAAAUUUAGGCGAGGAAUAGUGUUGGGAGAGAACCAAAGUGUCAAAGCUGGUUCCUUCAGGCGAAGCUUUAAGAAGAGAGGUGUCGAUGCUGAUACAGUCAGUACCGAACCUGGUGCAGAAAAGGUUGUUUUGAGACAUCAAGAUGUUCAGGGAAAGAAAGAUGAGAAGGGUUUGUUUAACAACGUGAUCGAGGAGACAGCAAGUAAACUCGCUGAAACCAGGAAGAGUAAGGUCAAGGCCUUGGUUGGUGCUUUUGAAACAGUCAUCUCACUACAAGAGCGCAAGCCUUCUGCAAAUGCUGUCGCUUGAGUUGGGAAAAGAAUAGUGGAGAAUAAACCAGGGCUUGUAACGCGAGUUAAACAAGCUUAUGGAUGUGCAAAACUGUAAAGGUAGAUUGCUUCAGUUGGUGUUAGACGGCCUUGAUGCAGAUUUGAAUACGAGUCAAGCAUGCCUAGAAACUUAACAUACCUCAUUUGGUUUUUGUGGAGAGUAUGCAUUUUCUUCCUUUUCUCUUGAGUUUCAUACCAGAUACAUGUUUUGAGUCUUGACUGAAUAAAACAGUUAUAAUCCUGCUGAUUAGUUGUAGUAUCGUUUUACUUUGUUCUUAAUAAAGUUACUAUUAACUGUAA